UGUUAGCAGUGUUGGUAACACGAGAUGGUGCAUCCUCAUAGGUUACUUAACCAAUCCAAGACUAACAAUUAAGUCACCUGAGCUCAGAACAGUGAAUUAAAUCAGUUUUAUUACACUAUAAACCCUUCACAAUGAAGAGAGCAUACAGACAGGUCGAAGAAGAAGACACCGCCCCUAAUCCCGCCCCACAACCCCUCCGCUGCCCCUCCUGCAAGCAAAAACUCGACUCCCUCACCUUCUACAACGGCCACCCCAACAACUCCAACGAAGAAUUCAUUUCUUUGACCAACGAAACGUUGCUGAUCUUCACGGGGGAGGAAGAAGAUCUUCCAGAGAGCGACUCCAGACCUACCCAUAAACUUACAGGGUACUGCGUCUACGACGACCAUGGCCACUUAACCCCGUUUGACACGGGUCUAGUGGAAGACAACGUGGUUUUGCGCUUGUCGGGCUACAUUAAACCCAUUUAUAUGGAAGAUGGGUCCGUGGACGGUGGGGUACCCACGCACGACAUGGGUCCCAUUAACGCGUGGUACAUUUCGGGCUUCGACGGUGGAGAGAAAGCCUACGUGGGGGUGAUCACCGCCUACGCUGAAUACAUUCUAAUGGAACCGUCACCAGAGUACUUGGUGGUGGUAACCCCAUUUUUGAAAAAAGUACCACUACUGAAGACGAUUCUCGAGUUUCUGAUGGACUCCGGGUGGGAGAACCCCACCUACGAAGAUCUUCUUUUCCAUUUACAAACGUGCGGGAACGUGGAUUUCGACGAAGAGUUUCUUCUGGAGAACUCGGGGUUCAUUUGUAAACAAGUGUUCAAUUUUGAAGAUGCAGCACCAGAUGAAGAACCCUUGAUGCGUAUUCCGUGUAUGAAGACCCUAGUUGAACUGUCUGGAGUGGUUUUAAAGAAGUCCAAAAGCCGCGUUUCAAAGAGGAAUCUUCGUACCACCGUGGAAAGAAAAGCCACCACUACAAAGUUAGUCAAAGCGAUUUUCGAAAAUUUUUUCCCGCACCAAAUCGAAGAAAAAGACGGGAAAAUCCUCAAGAAGAAACGUUGCGGGAUUUGCGAUUCUUGUCAAACCCCGGAUUGCGGUACCUGUGCACACUGUAAAGACAUGGUCAAGUUCGGGGGGUCCGGAAAGACCAAGCAAGCUUGCAAAUUGAGACGGUGCCCAAACAUGGAGCCUGAAGAUACCGACGACAGUGAAGAGGAAGAAAGUCAGACUCAGACGAAGAAAUUUUCUUAUAGACAAGUCACAAACAAGAUACAGUGGUUAGAAGAACCGUUGCUAGUCGAAGACGAGAAGAAAUUCUACAGGAGCGCCCUCGUUGGUACCACCAUCGUCACACCAGAGGACUUCGUCCUCCUCAACCCCGACACCCCCAACAAACCCUUGAUCAUCGCCAAAAUCAUUUCUCUUUUCUCCAAAUACAACCAACCGACUUUUCACGCCCAAAUCUACUACCGAGGUAUCGACACCAUGCUGGGGGAGACCGCCAACCCCCAAGAACUCUUCGUCGUCGAUGUUUGCGAAGACUGUCCUCUGGGUAGCAUCGUCGACAAAGCCCAAGUAACACUAAAAGGCAUUCCGGACGACUGGUCGCACCUGGGGGGGCUGCAAACCCUCGACGUGCCCAACGACGACAACAAAUUCUUCAUCAACAAGAGAUACGACACCGAAACCGCCAGAUUUAGCGACUUCGUUGUGGAAGAGUUGGAUGGAGAGUGUCCUUGCUGCAGACGAAGAAGUCGCCAAAGACAAUUCGACAGUAGAAUUCUUGAAGGGGACCGAGUCCAAUGGAGAGACCAAAUCUAUGGAGUAGGGUCCUCGAUCUUCUUGCAACCCUCAGUGUACAGAUUUAACACCUCGCGCUCCAGUUCCAGUCAAGAGAAAGAGAUGGUGGCAAUAGAUGAAGAGAUGUACCCCGAGCGGUACCGAAAGGGUCUGGACACUAACACAGUUGAAGAUAUAACUGAACCCUUCUGUGUGGCUUUGAUUGAAGAUCUAUACUCAACGAAGAAGUCCAACGACAUUAAAAUCAAAGCACGGAUCUUCUACCGACCUGAGAAUACCAAGAACAGUGUGUUUCUAGCUCACGAGAAAGAUCUAAAUUUGUUGUACUGGACUGACGAAGUUGUCACUACAAGUUUCAAUAACGUCACUGGUAAGUGCUACGUGACGUACUGCGAUCCCUCGGAAGCCCUAGAAUGGUCCAACAAAGGCCCGCUGCGCUUCUACUUCAAUGAGGGCUACAACCCGAAGACCUUUGACUAUUUCGACGUUCCUAAGCCCGCCCUGAGCAUCGGAUACUUCGGGAAAGGGAAAGGUAAAGGUAAAACGAAAUGUGUGACCUUUGUAGACCCCCCUCCCGAGUGGGAACAAAUCGGGCGACCUUUGAGAUGCAUGGACUUGUUUGCUGGGUGUGGCGGACUGUCGUUGGGUCUCCACCAAUCCGGCGUAGCCGAAACCAAAUGGGCGAUCGAAAUCAUGAACAAACCUGCAGAAGCCUUCAAAAUCAACAUCCACGACUGCAAAGUCUUCACUGAAGAUUGUAACAAGAUCCUGAAGGAAAUUCUAGCGGAAAAGAAGCACCUGCCGAAGAAAGGGGACGUGGAAAUUCUUGUUGGAGGACCGCCGUGUCAAGGGUUCUCAAACAUGAACAGAUUCAGCGCUAGACAGUACUCUCUCCUCAAGAACUCUUUGAUUGUGACGUUGUUGAGCUUCUGCGACUACUACAGACCCCAAAUCUUCGUCCUUGAGAACGUGAGGCACUUCGCGUUUUUUAAGCGCUCAAUGGUACUUAAGUUGACAGUUAGGUGUUUGCUGGAAAUUGGGUACCAGGUCACUUUCGGGGUUCUACAAGCCGCCCAUUAUGGGUUACCCCAAACCCGGAGACGGUUCAUCUUAUUGGCGGUGGCUCCAGGGUACGUGUUGCCGCGAUUACCAUCACCGCUGCACGUUUUCGAAAAAAAGGACUACCACUUGUCGGUGACCAUAGAUGGCGUUAAAUACUACAAAGUUGUUGUAGAUGGCUUCUGGGAGGAAUCGGCUCCGUAUCGCUCCAUUUGCGUCCGCGACGCAAUUUCAGACCUUCCACCCAUCUCCAAUGGGCACAGUAAUGAGAAAAUGGCGUACGACGAUGGGCCCGUUUCCCAUUUUCAGAGAAAAAUGCGCGGGGGAAAUGUCGUGUUGUAUGACCAUAUUUGUAAAGAUAUGGCGCCGGUGGUGGAGGCCCGGAUUUUGUACAUUCCGUGCGUACCAGGGUCGGACUGGCGCGACUUACCCAAUAUUUGUGUCAAGUUGAGGGACAAUACCAUGACCAACAAACUCGAAUAUCCAUACUAUUCUAAAAAACAAACCAAAUUUGGGAAACCUCGUGCCAUAUGCCAGUGUGGUACUGGGAAGAGUUGCAACCCUCUGGAUCGACAGCUGAAUACUUUGAUUCCGUGGUGUCUGCCACACACUGCAGACCGCCAUAACAACUGGGCGGGAUUAUAUGGGCGUCUGGGGUGGGACGAAGUGUUCAGGACCACCGUUACCAACCCAGAACCCAUCGGGAAACAAGGAAAAGUUAUACAUCCCGAACAACACCGCGUUGUUAGUGUAAGAGAGUGUGCCAGGUCCCAAGGGUUCCCGGACCACUUCAGGUUCUUUGGGAACAUUCUGGACAAACAUAGACAGAUCGGGAACGCCGUGCCGCCGCCCCUUGGACAAGCAAUUGGGUUAGAAUUGCGAAAAACGGUCGCUUUGGCACGAAAAUCGUAGCCGUUUGACAUAACCCCACUUUUGUUUUUACCCAAUAAACAAAAUAAAACAAAA